AUGGAAUGGGACAUUGGAGAGACCAGCUUGAAUUCGAGCAAUGUAAACCAACAACAGCAACAGCAACAACAACAACAGCCGCAGGCGCAGGAACAACAGCAGCGUCAGCAAACCAAGAACAACAAGUUGCAAACGAUUCGACCGGUGACAAUCAAGCAAGUUACAAUGGCCACGGCGUACGAGGAUGGAAGCGUUGUCUUUAUAGAUGAGAAGGAGAUAUCCACAAUUACAUUUAUUGGAGUGAUUCGAUCCUGUGAAAACUCGUCCACUGGCUACACCUAUAUUAUUGAAGAUGGUACUGCGUCCAUGCAAGUGCGUCAAUGGGAUACAGAAGGAGUAGAAGAAGCUCAUCACGUGAACGCAUUCAGAGAAGGGAUGUAUGUGCGAGUGUAUGGUCGAAUUCGUCGUUAUGAUGGCAAAACGAACUGCCUGGCUUUUGCUUUGAGAAGCAUCACCGAUUUCAACGAGCUCUCGUUCCACUCUAUGGAGGCUAUGUUGGCACACGCUUCGUCUCGUUCCCAUAAUGGCAUACAAGAUGACCGCAUGGAUAGCAGCUUCACCUCUGGUGUAUCAUACGAAGGAAGCAGCAUGCAAUUCAAGUUCUCCUCACGUCAUGGUCCAUUCUAA